CAUUAGGUCUGUCAAUAUUUAAAGUUCGGGAAAGUUAAAAAGUAAAUACACAGUGGUUUUUAAGGGGGUUUGACCACACAACCCAUCCGUUUUAAAAGAAGAUUUUCAUUUAUUGUUAAACGAAACAGAUUUUAAAUAUUUUGGGGGGUUUAAAUACAGCUGUCCCACCGCUCCUCUCCUCAGUCUGGCAGGCAGCUAGCUAGCAGCGCUAGCACUGGUCCAGCUGGUAGCAAUGGCUGCAGUUAUUCUGAGUUUUCCUACACUACAGGGUCUGAGAAUAUUCACACAGAAGCUGUCAUGGACCAAAAGAGGAGUGAGGCUUGUUUCAGGAGAGGUGGGAAGGAUCGAAAAGGUGCUGAUUGCCAACCGAGGAGAGAUUGCGUGCCGUGUGAUGCGAACAGCUAAGAAGAUGGGUGUGCGUUCUGUGGCCGUGUACAGCGAUGCAGACAGACACUCCAUGCAUGUGGCCAUGGCAGAUGAAGCCUACCACAUCGGGCCUCCACCUUCCCAACAGAGUUACCUCUCUAUGGAGAAAGUUUUGGAAGUGGCCAAAAGAUCCGGAUCACAUGCAGUUCAUCCAGGCUAUGGCUUUCUGUCUGAAAACACAGAGUUUGCAGAGGCGUGCAAACAGGAAGGAAUCAUCUUCAUUGGGCCUCCUUCCUCUGCCAUCAGAGACAUGGGCAUCAAGAGCACAUCCAAACACAUCAUGGCUGCUGCUGGGGUGCCAAUCAUUGGAGGUUACCAUGGAGAGGACCAGUCCGAUGAAAGGCUGCAAGCAGAGGCAGCCCGGAUUGGAUACCCUGUCAUGAUCAAGGCGGUCCGGGGAGGAGGGGGGAAGGGAAUGCGUAUCGCUCGGUCAGACUCCGACUUCUUGGAGCAGCUGGAGUCGGCAAGACGAGAAGCCAGGAAGUCCUUCAAUGAUGAUGUGAUGUUGGUGGAAAAGUUUGUUGAGGAUCCCAGACAUGUAGAAGUCCAGGUGUUCGGGGACAUGCAUGGAAACGCUGUCUAUCUUUUUGAGAGGGACUGCAGCGUCCAAAGGAGACAUCAGAAAAUAAUCGAGGAGGCACCUGGACCUGGAAUCAGCCCUGAAGUUCGGAGGAAACUGGGAGAGGCGGCAGUCAGAGCAGCUAAGGCUGUGAACUACGUGGGAGCAGGAACGGUGGAGUUUAUAAUGGAUGCACAGCACAACUUCUUCUUCAUGGAGAUGAACACCAGGCUGCAGGUGGAGCAUCCCGUCAGUGAGAUGAUCACCGGGACUGACCUGGUGGAGUGGCAGCUCAGGGUGGCAGCAGGGGAGCGUCUGCCCCUCCUCCAGGAUGAUAUAACCUUAAGGGGCCACUCUUUUGAAGCUCGCAUCUAUGCCGAGGACCCAAAUAACGACUUCCUUCCAGGAGCGGGGCCCCUGCUGCAUCUGUCCACGCCUGCAGCAGACCAGCACACUCGCAUAGAGACCGGGGUCAGAGAAGGGGACGAGGUUUCUGCUCAUUAUGACCCAAUGAUUGCCAAGCUUGUGGUUUGGGGAGAGGACCGAUCUGCUGCCUUAAAGAAGCUACGAUACUGUUUACGACAAUAUAAUAUCGUGGGAUUAAACACCAACAUAGACUUCCUGCUGAGCCUCUCCGGUCACCCAGAGUUUGAGGCGGGACGCGUGAGCACCAGCUUUAUCCCUCAGUACUACGCAGAUCUCUUUCCCACCCCGAGAGCGCCAUCUGGGGAAACGAUCUGCCAGGCUGCCCUGGGCCUGCUGCUGCAGGAGAGAAAACACACAGAGAGCUUCACCCAGUCCUCCACAGAUCCUUUCUCUCCGUUCGGUUCCAGCAGCGGCUGGAGAAACAACAUUCAGUUUAACAGAAAUAUGACCUUACAGCUGGGAGACAAAAAGGUUGAUGUUGUCAUCACAUAUAACUCAGACGGCAGCUACAGGAUGCAGGUGGGAGAGGAGGUGUACCAUGUGACCGGGGCCAUUGAGCUGGAGGGCGGGGCUUCGUUUCUGCACUGCUCAGUAAAUGGAGUGAAGUCUCGUCCCAAACUGGUGAUCCUGGAAGACACAGUUCACCUGUUCUCCAUGGAAGGAAGCACCCAGGUUUCUGUUCCUGUGCCGAAGUAUCUGGCUGGUGUGAGCGGGUCAGGGGCCCAGGGAGGAGCCGUUGCCCCCAUGACUGGAACCAUAGAGAAGGUGCUGGUGAAGGCUGGAGAUAAAGUGAGCGCUGGAGACCCUCUGAUGGUCAUGAUAGCCAUGAAGAUGGAGCACACGAUCCGGGCGCCAAAAUCAGGCGUGAUUAAAAAGGUUUUCUUCAGCGAGGGCUCUCAGGCCAGCCGGCACGCCGCCCUGGUGGAACUGGAGGAGGAAGAGGGAGGCAGCCAGUAAACUUUCCCACAGUUAAACCCACAAACUGACUGAGGGGGGGUGCAGGGAUGGAGGCGAGCUGAGUGAGAUUUUAAACCGUCUUUUGUAGAGCAGUGGUGCAGUUAUUCAGUGUUUCACUGCAUAAACUUCACAUCUUUAAGAUACUGUUGCCCUUUUUAGACACAUCACUACAUCCUGUUGAUUUCUAGUUUCUUUAAAAUGUCUGCAGUGAGUCAUACUGUCCUGCAGGUCCUUAAGUAGCAUCAGUCUCAUUUACUUUUGCCGUGGAUCUAUUAAAAGAAAAUUAAGAAAGAGACCUGAGUCUUAGAAAAUGUUAAAUAAAAUAAACUCAAAACAAACAUAAUUGUCUUCAUUGAUCUAAAGCUACUGAAUCACAAUUGAUGGCAGGUUUAAUUAGAACAGCACCAACCCAUCCGACAGAUCAGAUUGGGCUCCUUGAUGGUUUAGCAGUGGGUUCAAAACUGAAUGAUUAUCUUCUAUAUUAAUUGUCGUGAAAGUUUCAAGUGUUUGUGCUGAUAUUGUUGAAGGGUUUUGACCUUUCUGUAUCUCUCCCUCCCAACAAAGCAUCAAUCUCCAGUCCUGAAGGGCCAACGUCCUGCCUGUUUUAGAUGUGCCUCUGCCUGGAAACUAGGGCUGAAACAAUCGAGUUAAUCGUUAUGAAUCAAUUUUUGAAAUAAUCGUCAACUAAUUUAAUCAUUAACUGGAGCAUAGAGAAUCUAACACAUGAUUUUAGCUGACAGAGUGACCCACUUAGAGCAGUAAUU